GUCAUUUUCUCACAUAUACUUCACACGAAACAAACAACAUUUCACUUCCCAUACCCAUACCUUGUCAUUUCCUCUCUCUCUCUCUUUUUCUCUCAAUCUCUCUGUUUACAUUUUCUCUUUUAAAUCUCAAAUCUCUUCUCUGCACUGCAACAAAUCAAACACCUUUAGAAUAUCCAUUUACUCACCUUUUUCUUGCACAUCACUAACCACAAAACACCCUUCAAGAUUUUCUUAGCCUUGUGCAAUAUUGCACAACAAAAGGAAAUUGAGCUAGGAGAAAGAACAACUUAGAACAAGAAGAAGAAGAAGUAUCUAGCACACAUAGAUAUAGAUAGAUACAUAGAUAGACAGAGAGUUUGCCCUUGAAAAGAUGGAACUAUUUCCAGCACAACCAGAUUUGUCCUUGCAAAUCACUUCUCCAAACACCAAACCCACAUCCAGUAAUUGGAAGAAGAGAAGCACAGAAAAGGAGGAGAUGGAUUUGGGAUUUUGGAAGAGAGCUUUGGAAUCCAAAACAGUGAGAACAGACCUCUCCCUCUCCAAUCCAACAAGGGCUUCUUUUUCUUCUUCUUCUUCUUCUUCAAACACCAACAACACCCCUAACCCCAACCACUUCCAAAACAACACUAUCCAACAAAACCACUUCUUUCAGCAGCAGCAAGACCUACGCUUUCUCACACCCAUAAGAGGAAUCCCACUGUACCAAAACCCUCCUUUCUCAUACACACCCACUUCUUCAACCCCUUUCCUCAACUCAACCUUCCUCUCAUCACGCUUCCCUCCCAAGCGUAACAUCAGGGCUCCUCGGAUGCGUUGGACCACUGCACUCCAUGCUCGCUUCGUCCAUGUCGUUCAACUCUUGGGCGGCCAUGAAAGGGCUACACCCAAAUCAGUUCUUGAGCUAAUGGAUGUAAAGGAUCUCACUUUAGCACAUGUUAAAUCUCACUUGCAGAUGUACCGAACAGUGAAAACUACUGAUAGAGCUGCGGCAUCAUCGGGGCAAUCUGAUACUUAUGAUAAUGGGUCUUCUGGAGAUACUUCUGAAGACUUGGUGUUUGAUAGAAACUCUCCAAGGAGGUCUGAUCUAUCUAUUAGGCAGGCAAGACCAAGUGUUAAUCAAGAUUAUGGAAAUGGUGGUCUUUGGAACAACUCUUCAAGCAGAGAAGCCUUGUUGCAUGCCAAGCCAAAGCUUGACUCCAUUGGGAACGUGCCUUCUGUUGAGGGAAUGGAUCCAAAGGGACAAAGCAAUGAAAUAUCAGAUGGAAACUCUUCCUCAGACACUGCAGAAUCAAGUGGCAAGAAGCCAAAUUUGGAUUUGGAAUUCACGUUAGGUCGAUCAGUUUGAGGUUUUGUGAUGAAUAUUUUGAAAUAUAUAAAUGAUUAUAUAUGUGUCUAGAAUCACAAGAGCUAUAGAUAGCAGGAAUAAGAAUCAGGUAGCAGCAAAGAAAAUCAAAGAAAAAGAAAGCUGAAAAGAAUAGAAAAGAAAGGAUUAAGAAAAGAAAAAGGAGCUAAAGAAAGACAAGGAGACAAGAAAGACAGAAAGAAAGCAACAAAGAAGAGGGUGGUAAAGAAAAGCGUGUCCUUCCAAUCAAAGCUCUUUGUGAUAUUCAAAAAUAUAUAUUAAUUUCUCAGUAAGUAUAUUAAUUAAUCCUAAUUUAUUAUUGUAUAUUUGCAAUCUGACAAAAGAAUGUGCAGAAAAAGAGAGCUUUAGAUA